UGUUAUGAUCAGUCACAUGCCGCACGUUGCAGGGUGAUGGAUCGCAUGCAGCAGAAACAAAUCAGCACUGACCCCUGUGGGCCCAAAGUGCAACCAGGGCCCUGUGCGUUGUUUGGAGCCGGUCAAGGUUUACCUCCACAGCUCGCGAUCCAGCAGUCACCGCUCAUCAGCCCGUCAGGGGUUCUCAAGAAACCGACUGGGUUGAGCCCCGUCCAAGCUGCAGUAGCACCCAUGAAAGUGACAGAACAAAUACAGCCAGGGCACCUAAAGUCUGUGUCCACUCCAGCAACACUGACAAGCAUAAGCAGGCCGAGACCAACCGCUCUUGGGACUAAAACUGCUCCAAAGCCGACCAGAAUCUCAGUGGACCCCUCCAAGGAAAUAGAUUUGAUCCCAGUUUGCAUCCCGGGACCUCAGAGUACCAACAUCCUGCCGCAUUCCCCGACAGAGUCCUCCUUCCCUCUUCACAGUCCUCAGAGUCCCCACAGCCCUCAGUCUUACACCGGCCAGCCUUACCUGAGUCCCACUUCCAGCCUGUCCCAGCCCAACCUGAACCUACCCACCAGCCUCAGCCCUAAACCCAGCCUCAGCCCUCAGUCACAGAAGACCUCCUCACCUGGGAGCUCGACAAAGAGCCAGGUGCAGUCUGAGAAGCCAGGAGGAGAGAAUAAUGACUUCAGGGUGUAUAUUGUCACAUGGAACGUGGGAUCAGCUGUCCCGCCAGAUGACAUCACUUCUCUGUUUGGACCAAAUGUUUCAGAUGGGAGCGUUGACAUGUUUAUCAUCGGACUCCAAGAAGUCAACUCCAUGAUAAACAAGAGGCUGAAGGAUGUUCUUUUUUCCGACCAGUGGAGUGAGCUUUGCAUGGACACACUCAGCCCUUAUGGAUAUGUUUUGGUGGCGUCCCAGCGAAUGCAGGGAGUGCUGCUGCUGGUUUUCUCUAAAUUCUGCCAUCUUCCUUUCCUCAGAGGUGUUCAGACAGAGAGUACACGCACAGGACUUGGGGGAUAUUGGGGGAAUAAAGGGGGAGUCAGCGCGAGGAUGACGGUGUUUGGCCACCCGGUGUGCUUUCUCAACUGUCACCUGCCAGCUCACAUGAGGAACCUGGAGCAGCGGAUGGAGGACUUUGAAAGCAUCCUGCAGCAGCAGCAAUUUGAGGGAGGGACAGCCACUGGUGUACUGGAUCAUGACGUUGUGUUUUGGUUUGGAGAUUUAAAUUUCCGUAUUGAAGACUACGACAUCCAUGUGGUGAAAUGUGCCAUCGACAGCAACAAGCUGCCUCUUCUGUGGGAGCGGGAUCAGCUCAACAUGGCUAAAAACACAGAGUCCAUCCUGGAGGGCUUCAUGGAGGGACCUCUCAAAUUCCCACCUACUUAUAAGUUUGAUGUGGGCACGCAUACGUACGACACCAGCACGAAGAAGAGGAAACCUGCCUGGACGGAUCGCAUCCUCUGGCGCCUUCGACGCACCGGCUCCCCAGUUCCUACCCACAAUGCGGCACUGCAGCGGGGUCUGACCUCAUGGUUGGGUGGGGCAACUAAAGUGACACAGCACACAUACCGAAGUCACAUGGGCUACACCAUCAGUGACCACAAGCCUGUUUCUGCCCUGUUUUCCCUUCAUUUCCCUUUCAAGGUGGAUAUGCCUUUGGUGGAGCUGCAGGUAAACAAGGAGUGGUGUAAAGUCUCAGAUGCUACAGUCAGAUUCACUAUUGCAUCAACUUAUCAGCGCAGCUCAUGGGACUGGGUUGCAAUAUACAAGGUUGGAUUCAGACAUCAUAAAGAUUACCAGGCGUACGUGUGGGCCAAAGGAGAGCACACAACACAGGUGACGUUUCCAGAGGAAGAUUUGCCAAGAGAUGACUGUGAAUACAUUCUUGGUUACUACAGCAAUAAUAUGAACAGUAUUGUUGGAUUGUCGACACCCGUUCAGAUCAAGAUGCCAGUCCACAGCCCCACCGUGCAUCGCUCUGACAGCUCUGAUGUCAGCUCAGAAGAUGACAGCACUCUUGUCCUUCUGGCUCCAAACUCCCGCAGCCCGAGCCCUAAAACCGGCAAACACCACCAUCGCCAUCGGCGUAGCCGCAGCCCCGUAGUUCCUGCUCUUUCCUCUAACCCCCUCCCCUCCCUGCAGGGUCUCAGCCUCUGUCCUCGCUCUAAAGAAGGCCAGGCGAGAAGCCGCUCACCCUGCUCUGCUGCUAAGAAGGAACGGCUGGUCUCUCCUGAUACAAUGCCGUCGCCUUCAAUCAGCCCGCUCAGUCCUCGCAGCCCUGUGUCUCCUGGUAGUGGGGUGACUGCACCGGAGGCCCUGAUCGCUGCCAUCUUAGGUGAACACAGACCAGCUCAGGUUAGCCCCACAGGGGUCAAACAGAUAGGGAAGGCAGGGGAAACAGACACUGCAUAGAAAUAAAUAUCAGUAGUUUAAUGCAGGUACUGUACAAGGAGAACGGCAGCAAUACCCAUGCAUUUAGAGUCUGAUCUGACCCCACACUGUCACUGUGCUCGUAGAAGCAGCACAUUUAAUGACUCCUAAUGUAGUUUGCAAACAUUCCACAUUGUAGCCCUGCAGUUUCUGAAUCUACCAUCAUCUCAUACACUACGUGUAUCAUGGAGUCAAAGACGUGACCAGGCUCCCGAUGACAAGUGCUUUUAUAGACUCAUAAGCUAUAUCAUACGUAAACAAACAUAUUGAAUGUGAAACCAAAGUUAGAGUAAACCUGUGAUGGAUGUGACCAGUUAUUAUUGACGGCAGUAUGGAUCUGUGUAAACAGCCUUCCAUCAAAAUAAGGAUCCUGGACAAGAAAUAUUGAUGGUAUCAUAGUUCACAAUGAAGAGAGAGUGUGUAUGUGUAUGUGUGUGUGUGUGUGUAUGUGUGGUUUUGUGCAGGUCUAUGUGUUAAAUCAUAAAUGUGUGAAAUGUGCAUUUUGGACCUGAAGAUGAUUUAAAAUUUUAACUCUAUAGCUCUCGGUCUGUAUUCAUAAAAUGAAUCUCAUGUAUCCAAGAGCAGAGAUAAAGCAUUUUUACCACCGCAAUCGGUCCGAAAUCUACAUGUGACCAUGUGACUUGAACAGUAA